AUGACCAAGGUUGUGCAGUCUCUGUCUACUGGCUGGUCCUUUAGAGACCGGGACACCGAAGAAUGGCUACCGGUGGCUACGGUACCCUCAGUGGUGCAGCAAGAUCUCAUUGCCAAUAAGAAGCUUGAUGACCCUUACAUCGGGUUCAAGGAACUGGACGCCCGCUGGGUCAAUGAGAAAUCAUGGGUCUACCGAAAUGUUUUCCAGAAACCAUCUGCUCCUGCCGGCUCUGCAAUUGUGCUGGUAUUCGACGGUCUGGACACAUUUGCCACAGUGAAGCUCGACGGACAGGUCAUCCUGGAAUGUGACAACAUGUUCUUGGGUCAUCGGGUGGAUGUGACCAAAGCCCUGGAAGCAGAUGGCGAACAUACCCUUGAGAUCGAGUUCGACUGUGCCCUACUAAAGGCACGCGAGCUCCGAGCCAAGGACCCCAAGCAUAAGUGGGUUGGAUUCAACGGCGAUCCAGCACGAUUGGCUGUACGGAAAGCACAAUAUCACUGGGGCUGGGAUUGGGGACCAGUGCUGAUGACCGCUGGUAUCUGGCGCGCCGUACGAUUUGAAGUGUACCAAGCCCGCGUGUCCAAUAUAUGGCCUCAGACUCAGCUCUCAGCGGACCACAAGACAGCUGAGGUGACUGCUGUGAUUGAUGUGGAGAGCAUCGUUGACGGAGAAUAUACGGCCGAGUUCAGCUUAAGUUCAAAAGGCAACGAGAUCGCACGCCAAGUUAUUUCAUUGUCCGGAAAGACAGCUCAAGUAACAUUCCAGGUGGACCAGCCAGCUCUUUGGUGGCCACACGGAUACGGCGAGCAGAUUCUGUACGAGGUUUCGGUAUCGUUGCUUCGGAAUGAUGAACAGGUUGACCACGCAUCAAAGAAGUUUGGUAUUCGCACUGCCGAGGUCGUCCAACAACCAGACAAGCAUGGCAAAUCCUUUUUCUUCCGGAUUAACGGGAUGGAUAUCUUCUGCGGUGGCUCAUGCUGGAUCCCCGCGGACAGUUUGCUUCCUGCCGUCAGCGCGGAGCGAUACCGCAAGUGGAUUGAGCUCAUGGUAGCUGGCAGACAAGUGAUGAUUCGUGUCUGGGGUGGUGGUAUCUAUGAAGACGACGCUUUUUACGAGGCCUGUGAUGAACUGGGAGUGCUUGUCUGGCAAGACUUCAUGUUUGGAUGCGGCAACUAUCCCACUUGGCCCGAGAUGCUCGAGUCUGUCCGUCAAGAGACAGUUUACAAUCUGCAACGCAUGCGCCAUCACCCAUCGAUUGUGAUCUAUGCGGGCAACAACGAGGACUAUCAGGUUGCAGAAUCAGAGGGCUUGACCUAUAACUACGAUGAUAAAGACCCGGAGAGUUGGUUGGCCACAGACUUCCCGGCACGAUAUAUCUAUGAGAAGCUGCUCCCCGAGGUAGUGGCUGAACACUCACCCAGCACAUUCUACCAUCCUGGAAGCCCGUGGGGAGAUGGCAAAAUCUCAUCGGAUACCACAGUUGGUGAUAUGCACCAGUGGAACGUAUGGCAUGGAACACAGGAAAAAUACCAGAUUUUCGAUACGCUCGGUGGCCGUUUCAACAGCGAGUUUGGAAUGGAGGCUUUCCCUCACAUCUCCACAAUCGACUACUUUGUCGAGAAUCCCGAAGAUAAAUUCCCACAGUCUCAUGUGAUUGAUUUCCACAACAAAGCCGAUGGCCAUGAACGAAGACUGGCGACUUAUCUAGUAGAGAAUUUGCGGACCGCCACUGAUCUCGAGACAUAUAUCUACCUCACCCAAGUUGUACAAGCCGAGACAAUGAUGUUCGGCUACCGAGGCUGGCGCCGACAAUGGGGCGACGAGCGACACUGCGGUGGAGCAUUGCUCUGGCAGCUGAACGACUGCUGGCCGACAAUCUCGUGGGCCAUCGUGGACUACUUCAUCAACCCGAAGCCCGCAUACUACGCUGUGAAGCGGGUACUAAACCCGAUUGCUGUCGGAGUACGACGUGAGCACCACGAUUGGAGCGUAGCACACGCACAGCCCCCUAAGACCAGCAAGUACGAGCUUUGGAUCUCCAGCAACAAACCCGAGACCGUCAAAGGCAGCGUUGAGCUGCGAUUCCUUUCCGUCAACACGGGUCGUGAUAUUCGGGCACCGAUUGUGCGCGAGGAUAUUAUCAUCACUGCCAAUGGUACCACCGAUAUCAUCACGGAUGGAGUGCUCGAUCACAUUGCCGAGCCAGAACCCCAUGUCCUUGCCGCCCGGCUGUGGGUGAACCAUCAGAUCGUUGCACGGGAUGUUGACUGGCCUCAGCCAUUCAAGUAUCUCAACUUUUCCGAUAGACAGCUGGAUAUCAAGCGGAGAACAGAUAAAUCAGGUGAAACGGUGUUGGUGAUCAAUGCCCGCAAGCCGGUCAAGUGUGUUGUUUUCGAGGAACAAGAAGGGGUCCAGCUUGGGGAUAACGCUAUUGACAUUGUGCCUGGUGAUGAGCAGACAGUCACAAUAACUGGCCUCGGAAAUAGGCCUCUGAAGUAUCGGUACCUGGGACAGGAAGCUGCUGAGGUUGUUGAGUGA